AUGCAGAUCAACUUUGAGCCUAACACCCAUAUGAGAAGUGUAAUAAUCAACGAAAGUCCUAUAAGUAUUAUUCCACCUACGGUGAGCAAUUUGCUUAAUUCGGAGGAAAUCACCAUACGAAAAACGCAAGUUUCAAGUGUAGACUUUAAUUUGUUUUGCACUUUACACAAGCUGGAUCGUUUAAAGUUGUCCCGCAACAAAAUUACUCGCAUUGUUCAUCCUUCCGAAGCACCUUGUAGUCCUUCAUUGAGGGUGUUGGAACUGCAAUAUAACUUACUGGAGGAGAUAAAUUUGGAUGUGUUUCGGACAUUUGAGGAGUUGGAAAAAAUAAACUUAAAUGGAAAUGUGAUCGAGACGCUUACGGGAAUGCUGACGAAUCCAAAAAUACGUGACUUGUUGCUAGUUAACAAUCGCAUAAAGAUGCUAGAUUUCUGCAACUGGCAGGGAAUCAAAGUACCUAACUUUAGUGUGUAUUUAAAUCAGUUAUCUCGUGUUCCUCGUUGUCUGUACAAAGUAUUAGCUGAAGGAGUAACAUCAGUUAAUCUGGCGUUGAAUCAAAUAGAUCGUUUCGAAAUAGAUGAUCUCGAGCAGUUACCUAAUUUUGAAGUGAUCGAUUUGUCGUUCAACAAAAUCCCUUCGAUUCCUUUGAACGAGUGUUUAUAUCCUACGAAGCUACGUGAACUUAGAUUGUUUCAAAAUCCAAUCGUUAGCAUACCAAAAGGUACAUUCAAGGUCGUGAUCGUUGGUGCUAUCGUAGCUGGCCAUGUCGAAAGCUUCAUAUUGGACUGCAGGAAACACUUAGGUGGAUCAUUUUCAAGUGCUAGUUAG